ACGAGCCGGAGGCUCAGCCAUAUUUGAUGGUUUUGUUGCUUUGCUCGGGAGUUCUCGGGAGUAAUUUAAUGCCGAAGGUCGCUGCCUAGUGGAAAUAAUAUAGUACGUCAUUAAUAUGGCGCCAAAAGAUUGGGUUGUGGAGCUGUAGCGAGGAGGGCGGGAGCAGGGAGGCGGCCGCCGCGCGCAGCGUUACUAUCCCACCAGCAACUUGGGCUUUGCCGGGGCGGGGGCCGGAGGAAGAGGCCAGGAUGAUUUUCGGAUCCUGAGAAUUGAUCUUUGUUGGAUCAGCUGCCUGCUGUUUCCCGGGGAGAUCAUGAAACGAGGUCGCCUUCCCAGCAGCAGUGAGGAUUCUGACGACAAUGGCAGUCUGUCAACUACAUGGUCCCAGAAUUCUCGAUCACAGCAUAGAAGGAGUUCCUGCUCCAGACAUGAAGAUCGAAAGCCUUCGGAGGUGUUUAGGACCGACCUGAUCACAGCCAUGAAGCUGCAUGACUCCUACCAGCUGAACCCGGAUGAGUACUAUGUGUUGGCAGAUCCCUGGAGACAGGAAUGGGAGAAAGGGGUCCAGGUGCCAGUCAGCCCUGGGACUCUCCCGCAGCCUGUGGCAAGGGUCGUGUCAGAAGAGAAAUCCCUCAUGUUCAUCAGGCCCAAGAAGUACAUCGCCUCAGUCUCUGAGCCUCCAGAGUUGGGCUAUGUUGAUAUCCGGACACUAGCUGACAAUGUGUGUCGUUAUGACCUCAAUGACAUGGAUGCUGCAUGGUUGGAACUGACCAAUGAAGAAUUUAAGGAGAUGGGGAUGCCUGCACUAGAUGAGUACACCAUGGAAAGGGUCCUGGAGGAAUUUGAACAGCGAUGCUACGACAAUAUGAAUCAUGCCAUAGAGACAGAAGAGGGAUUGGGAAUUGAAUAUGAUGAAGACGUUGUCUGUGAUGUCUGCCAGUCACCUGAUGGCGAGGAUGGCAAUGAGAUGGUAUUCUGUGACAAAUGCAACAUCUGUGUACACCAGGCCUGCUAUGGAAUUCUCAAGGUGCCAGAGGGCAGUUGGCUGUGCCGGACAUGUGCCCUGGGUGUUCAACCGAAAUGUUUGCUAUGUCCCAAGAAGGGUGGAGCUAUGAAGCCCACCCGUAGUGGGACCAAGUGGGUCCAUGUGAGCUGUGCCCUGUGGAUCCCCGAGGUGAGCAUUGGCAGCCCAGAGAAGAUGGAGCCCAUCACAAAGGUUUCUCACAUCCCUAGCAGUCGGUGGGCGCUUGUGUGCAGUCUCUGCAAUGAGAAGUUUGGGGCCUCCAUACAGUGCUCUGUGAAGAACUGCCGUACGGCCUUCCAUGUAACCUGUGCUUUUGACCGGGGUCUGGAAAUGAAGACCAUCUUGGCAGAAAAUGAUGAAGUCAAGUUCAAGUCCUAUUGCCCAAAGCACAGCUCACACAGGAAGCCUGAGGAGAGCAUGGGUGAGGGGGCAACACAGGAGAAUGGGGCUUCUGAGUGUUCUCCCCGGAAUCCACUGGAAUCCUUUGCCAGUCUUGAGCAGAAUCGGGAGGAGGCCCACCGUGUGAGUGUCCGCAAGCAGAAGCUGCAGCAGCUGGAGGAUGAGUUCUACACCUUUGUCAACCUGCUGGAUGUGGCUAGGGCCCUGCGACUGCCUGAGGAAGUUGUGGAUUUCCUGUACCAGUACUGGAAGUUAAAGAGGAAGGUCAACUUCAACAAACCCUUGAUCACCCCAAAGAAAGAUGAGGAGGACAAUCUAGCCAAGCGGGAGCAGGACGUCUUGUUUAGGAGGCUGCAGCUGUUCACACACCUGCGGCAGGACCUGGAGAGGGUUCGGAACCUCACUUACAUGGUGACCCGCAGGGAAAAGAUUAAACGGUCUGUAUGCAAAGUCCAGGAACAGAUUUUCAGUCUUUACACUAAGCUCUUGGAGCAAGAAAGAGUUUCAGGUGUGCCUUCUUCUUCCUGUUCCUCCUCCUCCUCCUCAUUGGAAAACAUGCUUUUGUUCAACAGCCCUUCUGUGGGUCCUGAUGCUCCCAAGAUAGAGGACUUGAAGUGGCAUUCUGCAUUCUUCAGGAAACAAAUGGGUACUUCCUUGGUACACUCGUUGAAAAAAUCCCAUAAGCGAGAUUCACUGCAUAAUAGCCUGGGGAAUGAGGGCAAGACCCUACUAAAGCAGCCAGAUCUGUGCAGUGGAAGGGAGGGGCUAGUGGUCCCAGAGAGCUUCCUGAGCUUUGAAAAGACUUUUGCAGAAGCACGUCUCAUAUCAUCAGCACAACAGAAAAAUGGUGUGGUGGCACCAGACCACGGAAAAAGAAAAGACAAUCGUUUUCAUUGUGAUCUCAUUAAAGGAGACUUAAAGGACAAAUCUUUUAAACAGAGUCACAAGCCUCUCAGGUCCACAGACACGUCCCAGAGGCAUCUGGACAAUACAAGAGCUGCCACCUCCUCUGGAGUGGGACAGUCAACACCUGGCACCAGGAAGGAGCUUGUGUCAAAGUGCAAUGGCUCCCUAGUCAAAGUAAACUACAAUCAAACUGCAGUCAAAGUGCCUACAACACCUGCCAGCCCAGUGAAAAACUGGGGAGGAUUCCGAAUUCCAAAGAAAGGGGAACGGCAGCAGCAGGGAGAGGCCCAUGAGGGGGCCUGCCACCAGCACUCAGACUACCCCUACCUGGGCUUAGGCCGAAUUCCAGCUAAGGAGAGGGCAAAAAGCAAAUUAAAAUCUGACAGUGAGAAUGACGGGUAUGUCCCUGAUGUAGAGAUGAGUGACUCAGAGAGUGAGGCAUCAGAAAAGAAGUGUAUACGUGCUAGCAGCACCAUCAGCAGGAGGACAGACAUCAUCAGGAGAAGUAUCUUGGCCUCCUGAUGAAACCAACAGUACGGGAGCACCGAGCGAGGCCUACUGCUGGCCCUGCUGGAAAAGAGCUCGGUUGCAGGGGGCUGGCAGAAACCCCAUUAUUCCUGAGCUACACAACACAUUGACUUGUGAUUCAGAUUGCAUUUUUCCCCCAGAGUCAUUUAUAAAUCAUUGUUGUGAGAAGUUUGUGUCAUUUGCAGCUUGUUGAGGAAACAAGAAUAGAUUGUAACCAUAAGACACUGCCAAGAUUAGAUCCUGAACUAAACACUAAAACAAGUUUUAAGGAGGGCCAGGCUUAAGUAAGUGUUGUGAAUUUUUACUGCCCUCCAUGUUCUUCCCAAAGCACAAACUCUUUGUUACAUGAAUAUGCAGAAUCAAUUGUAAUUCCGUGUAACACUUAUAGGGAACCCUCAUGUACCAUUUAUAGCCCAUAAGCUGACUUUCUGGGACUGGUAGAUCUCCGUAUCAUUUUGGCCCACAGGCUGUUUGUGUGACAUGAACAGCAGAUGGGUGGCAGCUCUGAGGAUCACUGUACUAGGGAUGCUUGUGCACAUGCAGCAGUCAGGGAAGAGAAUGUACAAAAUGGUCAUGACUGGAAGAGAUGAAGGAUGGUAGAGCUGCAGUGUUGCAAUUUGGGGGGGAGGUAGCAAAACUGCUUCCUGAACCCCUGAGAAGGUUGCAGAUAGGACGGGUGGAGAUGGAAGCUGGCAAGGAGGCUGUUUUCUGAGAAAGGCCAAUUGUGGUCUGAUAUUUAUCAGUCUUCUUGACUUUCCUUUUGCCUAACCACUAGACCUUGAGUCUACUUGGGAUUUUCCUGGCCACUACUGCUGUUACCUGGCCAUCUGGUUUCCCAUUUAGUGGCUAUUCCAUGUUCAAGUGAAGAACUUCCAAAUUCUGGUGACUCAUAUUUCUCAGAGCCAGCCACUAGCGCCUAUGUUGGGGAAUCUGGGCUUCUACCAUGAGCUGAUUCCUUAAGAAAGGAGGGAAAAAAUAGUGAAAAGUUCUAUUUUAAAAUAGAAAGGCAAUAAGUUGCGAUACACUCUUACCAUUAACAAGGUUACACUGGAAAGAAAUUGAAGUGUAUCCUUGAGAAGGUUUGUUGGAGUUGAAGUUUUAAACUCUUAAUUCGUAACUUGGACUUUCGAAUUGCAAAUGGCAAUAACUAUUCAUUUAUCAGCAAUAAUAAAUUUAGCAUUAAAUUUGAGUACAAUGUUCUGUUUUUGCACUCAUGUAGUGCGUGCGUAUUCAGACAAGUGGAUAUUGUUAAGGUCCUUUUAAUUUUCUUUGGAAUUGAAUGUAGUUGUGAAUCAAACUUGAGAGAAAGUUUAAAUAGCAAUGAGAUUUAGAGUUUUGGGACUUCCCCUAAAUUAACCCUUAGUUUGUUAAUGUCAGUGUUCAGAUUUCUGAUUCAUUUAUACAUUUGUUUCCAUGUGGCAGGGACAUUUUGAUGAACAAUGCUUUGAGUUCUAUAGUUCACUUCCAAGUCUUCCAAAUGACUGUCAACAACAGAAAAGGCUCAUUGAAUUCCAUCUUGCUAUGCAAGCUUUAUCAGAUGAUCAAGUAACAGAUCUGAUGCAUCCCAUUAUAUGAAUGACAUUUUCAAACCAAGUCUUAACUUUUCCAGUACAUUGUAGUAGCUAAUUCAGGGGAAGGGAAAGAAUGACCUGGGUUUUACAUUGACUAUUUUUGAGCUAUAAAACUCAUUUUGAGACUGCUGUCCAGAUCAGCUUGUUGCUACAGAUAUUAGAAGGUUCUUAGGAAUUCAAGUUGUAUAGUUGCUUGUAGCCUAAUUAAUUUUUUUUUUUCAUACGAGCCAAAACCUUUUGCUGGAUUUUAGGAGAAGGUUGGACUCUUACCUAAUUAUCUUUUGGUUACCGCAACAGCUCUGGGCGAAUAGAAUUUAUAGAGGGAUAAUUUGUGAAGCCAUAGAAAGGAAACCUAAAUUAAUCUAGUAAGUGUAUGGCCUCUCACCAUUUUUAGAGGCACCAGAUUCAUUUGCACUAUAAGGAAUGCUAGUUUUGUGCAAAAAUAAUGCCUUACCCGUUUUCUCCCCACAUUUAGGUUGAAAAGCUUUCAAGUGUUCCAAGUUAUGCUGAACCAAAAAAAAAAAAAACAAAAACAAAAACAAAAAAAAAAAAACAACAAAAAAAUCCCCAAACAACAAACACACACACAAAAAAAUUAAAAAAAAUUCCACAUGAAAACAAAACAAAAAAUCCAAAAGUCCACACUUUUUCUUCUUGCUUCAAAAUGCAAAUGGUGUGGAGCAUGGUUUCUGGACAGUGUAAUGAUAGCUUUGUAAGUUAGUUUCAUUCACGCUGGGAACUCUGUAUGAGGCAGCCAUAAGCAGCAGCAGCCCACCUACUCACCUGCAUACUGUUAGUAUGGAGCCAUUUGCUGUUUGUUUGUUUGUUCCUUUACUCUUUCCUUGUGCAUCCUGACCAAGAAAUAUCUUUGAUUAUGAUCAGUGUAUUAUGUCAAAAUGUAGGCUAGUUAAACUUCUGUAAAGUUGCCUGGAAUGUCAUUUGUUAGGUUAUAAACACAAAAUCGAAAUGAAGAGUUUUACGUGUUGUGUACAAACCUUAAUUAUUUUAAAACAGACAGACUUGUCAUUACAUUUGUAACCUUGUACAGAGGAUUUUUCACUAUGUGCCUAGCUUGGUGUCCAUUCAGCUAAAAUUGAAAAAAGGUGCAUGAAAAGUUAAAAUCAAAAGUUAAACAAAAUAUAUGUAGAGAUGACUAUUUUAUAUUACAUGACCCAAUCCUGUAUUUAUUUCUACCCCCUUUUUGAAAGUAUUUAUAAAACUAGUUGAGGACAGCUGUAUUUUUUUGUUGAACUAUUUAGUAGAAUUUGUGCCUUUUUGUCUGUAUGUGAAUAAAUGCUGUACAUUUUGCAAUACA